ACAAAAAUUCAAGUCGUAACCACAGCAGCAGCCGUUCAGUUUUCUGAAACAUUUCAACAUUGCUUUUGCCUGGCACCGGCUUUCCAACUACACACAAAAUAUAUAAUAUUAUAGCAUUUUAUAUAUAUUCUUACAGCCGAUAGUCAACUCCACAGAGUGUGCUGCAAAAGCAUUAAAUGGUAUCGCCGCGUAAGCCGGCAUAUUCGGUUCAUCCAGCACGCCGGCAACCCCAACACAAACUGAUGGCCUCGUCCGCCAAGAGCUGCGAGAGCCUGUUCUCGGCCAGCUCCCGGGAGUCGGCCAGCCUCAUCUACCAGAGCAAGCCCACACCACGCGUCGGCUUGAAGAAGUCCAGCAAUACCAGCAUGCGGCCGCAAAACCACAGUGAGAUCCACCAGCGAGUGAUGUCCGCGCGGAACUUGCGCGUAAAGACGUUCCAGAAUCAGUUGACCGACGCCCACGCAGAGAUUGCCAAUCUGGCGCAUGAAAAUCGCAUGCUGCGCACGCUGCACAAGCGGCAGACGUCGGCGUUGAACAAAUACGAGUCGAACAAUGCGGAGCUGCCGCAGCUGCUGCACUCGCAUGCGGAGGAGCUGCGCGUCUGGCAGACCAAGCAUCGCAAUCUGCAGGCCAUCAACAAGGAUCUGGAGCAGAAGCUCAAGCAAAAGGAGGCGCUGAUACUGACGUUGAGUGACCAGAACAAGCACUACAGCCAGCUCAACAAGGACAGGAACCUCGAUGAACGCCAGAAGCUGCAGGAGAAGGUGCGCUUCCUGGAGCAGCGCAUAGAGGAAAAGGACAACGACAUAAAGCUAAUGGCGCGCAAGGUGCAGCUGGAGUCGAAGAACUUCCGCCAGCAGCUGCUCAACGAGCAGAAAAAGUGCAAGGAAAUGAUGCUGAAGCUGGAAAAGUCCAAGCUGGAGAUCAGUGGCUACCGCAAGCUGGAAGAGUACACACUCGGCACUGACAAGAUCAAUGCCAUGUCCUCUGGGCGUCGCAGCAAGCUGAGUGGCGUCGCCCAGGAGCCAGACAAGAUUGACAAGCUGGAGAAAUCGCUGGAGCUGCUGGACAUGGCCAUUGAAAAGAAUAACCACAGCGAAUACCAUGCCCUCACGGAUGUCCUAGAGUCGGAUUCGCUGUACGACUUUGAGAAGGAUGACCAAGAGCUGGUCCCCAAGAGUGCGCCGGUGACGCCCUCCAAGUUGCAGCAGAGCAAGAUUCCUGGUGCACGUCCCAGAGCUGGCGCUGGGUUAUCCAAGCUGACACUGCCGCCAGCCACGAGCCCAUCCAAGCUGGCCGCCACCACCAGCACGCGCUCCACCCUCAGCCAUCUGGUGUCGGCGCAGAGAAAGUCCCCACUGACGGGCAAGCCAUCAAACAGUCGUUUGCGAGCGGGUGCGGGCGUAGGCACGGGAGUCAAUGCGGGCGGAUCAGCCCUGAAGCGACGUGAGCAGGCUGGCCUCAUGUCCAAGCUAUCGUCUGCCGAGGGACGGCCGCACAAGGGCAAACAGUCGCCAUUGAAGUCCUUGGAUUUCGAUUAUGAUGAUGAUUUUGAGCACGCUUUGGAGGUGCACGAGGAGGAGGAUACCUAUGCCAUGAUGUCCAAGAUAUGUGCAGCAGACGACGAUGAUGCCGAACACGAUGCUGAGGAGAAUGCCAAUGAGAUAAGUCUGCUGCAGUACGGCUCGUACUUGGACCCGAAAGAGCUGCCCGACGCCAUGCUGGACGAUAUGCUGGAAGAGGAUGACUACGUCGAGGGCAAGACCUCGCUUAACAGUGAUGAAGAUUCAAGUGCACGUCAUGGAACACGCGUGAAGGAGAGCAUGUCCAGCCUGCGCAAACAGAUGUCCGAUGAGUUCGAGGAUCGAGAGAGUUUCCUGAAGACCUUCUGCCGCCCGGCCUCGGACGUUCCACAGCUAAAGAAACGCAACAGCAAGGCCACAGGCGUCACUCCAGCACCCAUGGACCCCGGUCGCAAGCAUGCCCUGCUCGCCACGCUCAAGCACAUCGACAAUAACAAAUCUCAAGACUAGGAAGAGUCAAGCAGAAUCUACACUGGCUGGGGCAAACACAAUCACACGGCUGGGGCCGUUCCUUUUCGUUUACAGUUUUAGUUAAGCUGCCCAACUGGGCCUUAAGUUAUUAUUAAAUUA